AACCAAACAAGACAUUAUCCAAAGGAGUGAUUGUUGGAACAAAAAAAUCAAAAGAACAUGUAAUGGUAUUGCUUACUUGUAAUGCAUUGGGUGAAAAAAUCAAACCAACUUUUAUUUAUCGCUACGAAAAUCCACAAGCAUUAAAGAAUAUUCAAAAAUCAACUCUCCCAGUCUUUUAUUACUGGAACAAUAAAGCUAAAUAUAGACAACUACUUUGUGAAAAUCAUAUUCAAGAAUUUGAUAAAGAAAUGGAAACUGGAAUAUUGCCUUCAAAACUUUCUAUACUGGAUGUGAUUCAGAUGACGGCUACUGCUUGGAAUAAGAUCACAACAAAUACUAUAAAAAAUUGCUGGAUUAAAACAGGAAUUCUUCUGUUAUUAUAUGAUAACACCAAGAUUAUUUUGUCAGAAUUAGAGGAAAAAAUAGAAGCUGAUGAAAAUACUUCUGAAGAAAUUAUUGAAAUAACCAACAAGGAAGCGAUUGAAUAUCUUGAGAAGUUGCAAAAAUAUCUUAAUCAAGAAAAUA